AUGGCUAAAAGAAAGCGGACUUUGACCGAUGAUGCUUCGGAGGCCUUGCCGGAGUCGAGUUCUCAGCCUCAUCCCAGUGAAGGGAAAGACGCCAGCGUAUUGGAUGUUCUGCCGGGGAUUACCCGGAAGAUCACUGCCUGUGGAGCGUGUAGGAAACAGAAGAUUAAAUGUGAUAUGACAAAUGGUCCACCUUGCACGCGAUGUCGUCGACGCGGUCUCUCUUGCGUGUUAAACAAGAGCUUGCAAUCCUUAGUAGAGGAAGUCAAAAAUACCGAACAAUUGCAAAAUGAUAUCCAAGGAAUUCACGAGGUCGUUGAUAACAUCUGUCAACAUUUGAGUCUCCCACGGCCAAGGCCUCUUCUCACAGCCGAGGAAUCUGCCCAGGAAGAGAUCAAGGUUUCCCAAGAUGAUGAGCUAGAUGGGGACCAUGAAGAUCUUGAUGGAUGUGAAAUAUCACCGCCAGACACACCUUCCGCACUCCAAGCCCCCAUCGACACAUUUUUAGACAUCGCUAAACUUGGAAGCCCUGGAUCUUCCGACAAUACCCCGGGGAGCACCACGCGCCAGAAACAAAAUCCAAUGAACCAAGACCUCAUUGGCAAAGGAAUCAUCACAACGGAAGCGGCAGAGGAACUCGUAGAUCGGUACUUCACUCGACUUGAUCCGUAUCUAUACGGGAUCUGCAGUGGCUAUCACAGCCUUCAGCAAAUCAGAAGCACAUCACCGGUGCUAUUUGCUGCAAUCUGCACGGUUUCAUCACUCCAGGAUCCCAAUGGCCAGAAGACCUACGAAGCAUGCAAUCGCGAGUUUCGCCGCUUGGUAUCGAGGUCAAUAUUUGAGAAGCAUAACUUAGAAUACGUCCGAGCUUUGUGUAUAAGUUCAUUCUGGCUUUCUGACGCAUCGAGAAUCUUGGCCAGCGAUGCCAUUAGACGGGCGGCUGACAUGCGCCUUCAUCGUGGCUUCGACCAUCUUGCGAAACCAAUAGACCCGCGACUCUUAUCAACUGAGAAUGUACCUACCUCAGCACCAGAGAUAGAUGCGCUCAAGGACCGCGUCAGAUUGUGGUAUCUUAUCUUCAUUACAGAUCAACACCUUUCCAUUCUUCACAACCGCGAUCCCCUGCUACGCAGUGACAAAGAGAUUGCUCUUGGCUGGGAAACAUUCCUAGCCCGAGAGGAUACCACAGACUCAGACGUCCGAAUCAUAUCCCAAGUGGCUCUUUUGGUCAUAAUGAGUCAAGUCCGUGAUCUGCUAGGCUCUGACCAAGAGUCUCGUGUUCCACAAUCACUCUCAAAUCAGAUCAUUCACUAUUCUCGCCAACUCGAUCGAUGGUUCACCAAAUUCUCCGCCUUGUUCAAGCCUGAUCCUUAUAUCGGAGACUUCCCAAAAUGCGGCUUACAGUUGCAUUAUCACUUUGGUAAAUUAUAUCUAGGUCACCAAGUGUUCAAAGGGCUCAACGGAGAGGUCAUCCCAUCUCAUUUCGUCACAGCAGCGGGCAUGGCACAUGGAGCUGCAGUUGCAAUUUUCGAGAUGAUCCUUCAUGAGCACAACCUUCAACACAGUCUUGUUGGAAUGCCACAUUACUUUCACAUCAUGAUUGCUUUUGCGGGUCAUUUCUUGCUGGAAGUUACGAGAAACUAUCACGUUCAGCUGUCAAUCUCGCCUGAUCAAGACUUUGAGUUGAUCCGGAGAGUAUUGGAGCUUUUUGAAGCGACGCCCUCCAUUCAACAGCAUCCAAUAUGCCGAAUGACACCAGGAUUGACGCGAAAGUUGCGCGAGUGUGUUGGAAUGCUACAAAGGGAUGGGCAACAGACCAUCUCCACGCUAGCCGUUGGCGCCGGUGCGAUCGAUUACCAGGCACAAAAUGAUCAUGCUCAGAUGGAUCCUCCAGCAGGACCGUUCUCAUUUGGAGAAGAUACCCUGACUGCGGACGACUUUUUAUUUGCGGAUUUUGGGGAAUUUACCUUCCCCGGCAUGAUGUCAAACGGGACCGGCUAA